UGAAGAACUUCCUUAUACAAAAUCGUUUGAAAUUGAUUUCAGAUAAGUUACUUGAAAUGUUGAUUCCAUUCCUGUCCUUGUUGUCUUGCCGAAAAAUGUAUUCUACGAGCAGCAUUUUGCUUUUCUUCGAGCGGCAUUUUGGGUUUCGUUAUAACGGACUAAUUGAUUACUUCUUCGAUUAUUGGGAUAUCAGCUGCACAUGGGCAAGAUGGAAACGGUGACGUUUAUUCUCCUGGAGAUUCUGUAUCAACUGAAUGCCGACGUUAUCUUUGCAGGGCCGCCAAGUCAGAGUACUCAAGUGAACGCUUGGAAACAAUAUGCGAUGACUUCAUCGACACAAAUGCGGCACCGGCUGCGUGUAGAAUGUUGAACUUAGAUGUAUUCGACGUACAGAAAAAUACGAAGAUAUUGAAAAUCCACGAUCAGUCUUAACUCUAUUUCACAAGCUAUUGACAGUUCAAUGACCCUUAAGCUUCAGUCUACUUGAGAGCAAAACCAUGGCAGUAAAUUCUGACCGGUCAUUAUAAAGCAUUGCGCUACUCAUUGUCUUUAACCACAAACUCAAAGAUGGUUUAUUUUGUUGGUGAUGUAUCAUCACAGACGGCGUGCUUUUAAAAAGAUCAAACCCAGAACCAUAUAAUUUGUAUCGUCACAGCUGACAGGCAGAGUUUAAGGACAAUCCCGAGAGUGCCUUUCAUCUCAAGAUAUCUCAUUUGUGCGCGUCUUGCUGCUGCGAUAUGCGGAAACAGUCAUAUGAAUCACCCAGAAGGAUUCUCCAGUAAACAAACAAGAUUGAAUUCAGUGUCAAGAAGUGAUUUGAAUAUUUUAAUAUUUCAUUUUAUUUUAAGAGAACGGAAGAAUAUGUAUUUUCAUAAUUGUUUAAAACAAGUUUCUAAAGUUUAUGUUUUCCACUUCUUUUUGUUGAUCUGUACUAUUGUUUGUGCAUGGCAUUGCGCUUUUUGGUUUGAAUUUGUGAGUCUGAUAUUUUUAUAUGUUUUUUAUUAUAUGACAAAGUCGUAAGAUUAAAUAAGUGUGUAUUGACUUAAUAUAUACAGUAUCAAGGACACCGUCAAUUUCUGUAGAUAAUCAUGAAUCGGGUGAGUUCAUUCUUUCAUAUGUUUUCAAUUAUUAUUACUAACCGUAAUUAAUCUAUAUCGAAAUAUCGAUAUUCGGUAAAUCUGUCCACUUAAAUUAUACUUACCUCCAGAUGAUACAACAGUGCGGCUUGUUGAUGGGGCCACUCAUUUCGAAGUCCCUAUCGAAGUGUACAUGAAUGAACGCUGGGGAUCAAUAUGUGAUGACUUCUUCGACACAAAUGCCGCAUCGGUAGUGUGCUGAACUUAAAUGUGUAAGCAAUUGUAACUCAUCGAUUAAGUCCUUGUUCUUUUAGAUGUACAUAUUGGAAGUAUGUUUAUAUUUAUAUUCAUGUAUUAUUCUUUAUUAUUUGUUUAAGCACUGACGUCAUUAUUAUCAUUAUUAUAUCGGGUACCUUCGAUCGAGAAUGAAAUGGUACUAUCGGACAUGAUCAAACACUGGCGACUGUUUUCAUGGUGGACGGUGGGGGAGUGACAACUGUGAUAAUUUGCUUUCAUGCACCCUUCUUGUUUUUUUUUGUAUCUAUGCAUUGCUUAAUACGUCAUAAAUUGAAAUCUAAUCGUUAACAAUAAGUAUAAAACUAUUUGUUUGUCAGGUUUGUUAAAAAGUAUUCCUUGUGUCAUUUUAUUAGUCUGUUUUUGUAAUCAGUGAUACAUUUGCAAUGUCAAAUUGUCCUUUUAGAUUCGACGGUCAUGAAAGAACAAAGUCGUGCAAAAUGCAUGUUCAGUCUUCACUUUACGCCACGAGCUAUUGGAGUGACCCUAAAGCUUCAGUCUACUGGAGGCCAAAAUAAUGCCAUUCAAAUAAUGAAUUACGACCGGUCAUUGCGCUUCUCAUUGUACUUAACCCCAAACUCAAAGAUGGUUGUUGUUUUUUGGUGAUGUAUCAUCACAGGCGGUAUGCUUUUAAAAACAUUCAACCCAGAACUAUAUCAUUUGUAACGUCACACAGGCAGAGUAAUGGACAAUCCCGAGAGUGCAUUUCAUCUCAAGAUAUCUCAUCUGUGCACGUCGUGCUGCUGCGAUUUGCGGAACCAGUCAUAUAAAUCACCCUGGAGGAUUCUCCAGUGAACAAACAAGAUUGAAUUCAGUGUCAAGAAGUGAUUUGAUUAGUUUGAGAUUUCAGUUUUAAAGAGCACGGAAUAAUAUGUAUUGCCUUUUAUUAUUUUUACUUUUUGUUUGCUCACAUUUUUCUGUUUUGUUUGAAUGAGUGAAAUUAGAUAUUUUUGCAUUUCUAAGUCUUACCUAUACAUAUAGGCUCUAUCUUAUGACAACUUGGAUUAUACGUUUUCUCUGGCACCAUUAAGCCCGAAACAGUUACUGGCAAUGAAGUCAAAGGUCAUAUUCCAUCUGGCGUUGUAUGCAAUACCUCGCCAACAGUUAAGAACGCGUUGAUAGGUGGAGUUCAUACAAUUGUAGGUUUUAUUGAAUAUUAUUAUAAAGGUUGAAUAGUAGUAUCCGGUGAGUGGCAGUAAUUAUCCAGCAAUUGUGUUUUUUUCAUUGCAUCUAUUUUAUCAUGGCAAUUGCAAAUGUUUUAUCAUAAUUUAAUAUGUGAAUGUUUGCCUCGAGUGUACAAUAAGAUUAAAACGAAUCAUUUACAAUUUGUGUUUGUUGUUUCAAAAAUACCAAAUUGUCUAAACGUCCGCAAAUUCUCACGUUGGUUAUGGUCAAGUUAUUACGAAUUGUUAUUUUCAUUGAGAAAGCGACUUUAACUUUACUGUUGAUUAGUAUUAACUUUCUCUAGGUCCGUUCUUGUAUUUCUUUUACUUGUCCUUUGAAUGUGUUCUUCCUGGCAAAAAGUUUGGGACACCCUUGUUCAAAUUACUCUGUACAGUCUUUCUAUUAUUUGCAAGAUACCACAAUUGAAGAAGAUAGCGAAUCAGGGAACGUUACAAAUGCUCAUGGAAAGCUUACCACGUACACAGCGGCCCCUGAAGCAGGGCCAACCAUAUGCAGCGCAUCCAUAGAAAAUGGGGCGGAAUGGCCAGAAGCUCAGGACGGGAAGAUAUCUCUAUCUAAAUGUCAAAAAGGAUACGAAGGCAAUUAUUAUCGUCGUUGUCAGAAAGGCACAUUUCUAAACCCCGUUAACAAUUGUACACGGAAGGCCAUACGGGAAUUACAUGCUAAGGUUUUAGAUGGCUCCCUCAAUUCCACAGAGGCUUUGUCACAGUUAAGGAAGGAAACAAAUACCUUGACCACAGCUACUGAAAAUGUACCAACAGCUGGCGAUCUACAAAAUGUUAACCAGAUCCUUGAUGAUAUCAUUGACGUCAUCGAAAUUAAUCCUUCUACAAUCAAUAACGACUCAAACAGUUUCUUCGAUGUUGCGAGUAAUUUACUGGAUGGAAAUUCGACAUCGUCAUGGAAAAGUUUGAUUGAAGACAAGGGAGUUGGUGCCGUCUCUGUUUUAACCACAAUCGACCGGUUUAUUUCGAAAGUUGUGAACUCGUCUGACGGGAAUUUAACGAUGGAGUUCGACAAGCCAAACUUGUUUAUAGAAAUUGGUCAAGUAGACAGUUGUGACAAUAUUACGUUUCCGUCCAAUGCCGGUAAUACCAAAAAUACAACGAAUAGUAUGGAGGAUCAGAUCGUCGUUGGCUGUGGACAAGGUAAAAACGUAUUUAGUGGCGGCUUGUUUAAAAACAUGUCGGGAAUGUUGCCUACAACUUCAAAUGAUAUCGACUCAUUAGACAGUUCAAUCAACGGGCCGGUACUGUCCUUCAGUUUUCACAGACAACAAAACAGAACAGAGAACGUCAGCAUAACCUUCCAUGUCUUUGAUAAUGAAUUAAGGGACCCUGCUUGUUCCUUUUGGAAAACAAACUUAAGCGGGAAUAGCCGCUGGUCCACCGAGGGAUGCGAAUUAGAACACUUUGACAGCGAGACAGGAACUGUGUCCUGCAAGUGUAACCACCUGACAAACUUUGCUGUCCUCAUGAGCCCCGCCAGUACCUCUGAAACGGAAACUGUUCACCAUCGCAGCCUUGGAGUUUUGUCAAUUGUGGGAUGCAGCAUAUCUAUACUUGGUUUGGUUCUUACCAUUGCGAUCUAUGUAUACUUUUGGAGGACUGUACAUUCCACGAGGUCAGUUUUGCUUCUCAACCUGUGUACGGUUCUUGUUGUGGCUUACGUCCUGUUUCUGGCAGGGGUGGACUACACUUCACAACCCGCCGUGUGCACGUCCAUUGCUGUUCUGCUCCAUUACAUAUUUUUGGCUGCCUUUUUCUUGAUGCUAUCGGAAGGAUGUAUUAUUGCACAAAUGGUGCUCAGACCCCUUGACAAAAGGAACAUUUUACCAGCAUUGCUUGGAAUUUCUUACGGUAUUAAAACUUAA